CCCGAGAACGACAUGCCCCGGGCCACGAAGGAGAGUCGAGAUUCGGCGCGGGCGGGGACGAGAAGCAGCGCCCGGUUACGCGGGGACGGCAGCUGGCGCGGGCGGGCGCGGCCUUUGUCUCCUCCGGCUCUUUCCGCCACUGCACCGGCCCCAUGAGCCCGCGGCCCCGCAGCGUUCGGGCUGUCCGCAGCUCCUGAACUGACCUGCCCUGACCAUGGCCGAAGCCUCUUCCAGCGCCGGGAGCACGUCCCUGGAGGGUGAGCGCGGCAAGAGGCCCCCUCCCGAAGGCGAACCUGCAGCCCCGGUGUCUGGAGUUCUGGAUAAGCUUUUUGGGAAGCGGCUUCUGCAGGCAGGUCGCUACCUGGUGUCCCACAAAGCGUGGAUGAAGACAGUGCCCACAGAGAACUGCGACGUGCUGAUGACCUUCCCAGACACCACGGAUGACCACACGCUGCUAUGGCUGCUGAACCACAUCCGCGUGGGCAUCCCUGAGCUCAUCGUGCAAGUCCGCCACCACCGCCACACUCGUGCCUAUGCCUUCUUCGUCACGGCCACGUAUGAGAGCCUACUCCGAGGGGCCGACGAGCUGGCUCUGCGCAAAGCAGUGAAGGCCGAGUUUGGCGGGGGCACCCGCGGCUUCUCCUGCGAGGAGGACUUCAUCUACGAGAAUGUGGAGAGUGAGCUGCGCUUCUUCACCUCCCAGGAGCGCCAGAGCAUCAUCCGCUUCUGGCUGCAGAAUCUGCGAGCCAAGCAGGGCGAAGCCCUGCACAACGUUCGCUUCCUGGAGGACCAACCAAUUAUCCCUGAGCUGGCAGCCCGUGGGAUCAUCCAGCAGGUAUUCCCGGUCCACGAGCAGCGCAUCCUGAACCGCCUGAUGAAGUCUUGGGUGCAGGCUGUGUGUGAAAACCAGCCUCUAGACGAGAUCUGCGACUACUUUGGUGUGAAGAUUGCCAUGUAUUUUGCCUGGCUGGGCUUUUACACAUCGGCAAUGGUGUACCCAGCUGUCUUUGGUUCUGUCCUGUACACAUUCACUGAGGCUGAUCAGACAAGCCGGGAUGUGUCAUGUGUGGUCUUCGCGCUCUUCAACGUGGUCUGGUCAACACUGUUCUUGGAGGAAUGGAAACAGAGGGGGGCAGAGCUGGCCUACAAGUGGGGGACGCUGGACUCCCCUGGCGAAGCUGUAGAGGAGCCACGACCCCAGUUCAGGGUCAGUCAGCUGUGGGUCCUCAUUGCUCUCAGGGGGCCUGGGCGGCCACCUCACUUGCCCCCUUGGUCCCCAGAGAAUUACCGGCUGGAGAGUGCCUACGAAAAGCACCUCAUCAUCAAGGUUGUCCUGUUCCAAUUUGUCAACUCAUACCUGAGCCUCUUCUACAUUGGCUUCUACCUCAAAGACAUGGAACGCCUGAAAGAGAUGCUGGCCACCCUGCUGAUCACCCGCCAGUUCCUCCAGAAUGUACGCGAGGUCCUGCAGCCGCACCUGUACCGGCGGCUGGGCCGAGGCGAGCUCGGCCUGCGGGCUGCCUGGGAGCUGGCCCGCGCUCUGCUGGGCUUGCUGAGCCUCCAGCACCCUGCACCCCGCCACCUCGAGCCCCAGGCUGAAGAGGGUGGUGGCAGCAGUAGUGGGGGAGGCCGCAGGUGUCUCGGUGGAGGCUGUGGGGCACCUGAGGAGGAGGAGGAGGCCACAGUGGAGCAACGGCCCCUGGGGGAAGAUGGGGAAGUGGUGGACGGGCCAAGGGGGGACAAGGAGGAGGACGAGGAGGACGAGGAGGAGGAGGAGGCUGAGGCUGACGACGAGGAGGGCGAGGAGGGCGGCCCCCUGGACUGUGGGCUCCGGCUGAAGAAGGUCAGCUUCUCUGAGCGUGGGGCCAGGUGGCGGCAGCCCAGCCCGGAGGCCCUCCUGGAAGAAGGGAGCCCCACUAUGGUGGAGAAAGGGCUGGAGCCAGGUGUACUCACACUGGCCGAGGAGGACGAUGAGGCUGAGGGGGCUUCCAGCAGCCCUGAGCGGGACCCCCCAGCUACCCUGCUUCGCCGCGCUGGGGGUGAGGGCCGCGAUCAGGGGCCCGACGGUGGCCCGGACUCAGAGCCGGGCCCUGGUGACUCCGCCCGGAGGCGGCGGCAGGACCGGUCGUCUUGGAUCGACCCUCCUAAGGAGGAGCACGCGCCCCAGCUCACCCAGGCGGAGCUCGAGAGCUGUAUGAGGAAGUACGAGGACACCUUCCAGGACUACCAGGAGAUGUUCGUACAAUUUGGCUAUGUCGUGCUCUUCUCGUCCGCCUUCCCCCUGGCUGCGCUGUGCGCCCUGGUCAACAACCUCAUCGAGAUCCGCAGCGACGCGCUCAAGCUGUGCACGGGGCUGCAGCGGCCCUUUGGGCAGCGGGUGGAGAGCAUCGGCCAGUGGCAGAAGGUGAUGGAGGCUAUGGGUGUCCUGGCAAUCGUGGUCAACUGCUAUCUGAUUGGCCAGUGUGGGCAGCUGCAGCGCCUCUUUCCCUGGCUCAGCCCUGAGGCAGCCAUCGUGUCAGUGGUGGUGCUCGAGCACUUCGCUCUGCUCCUCAAGUACCUCAUCCACGUGGCCAUCCCUGACAUUCCUGGUUGGGUGGCCGAGGAGAUGGCCAAGCUCGAGUACCAGCGGCGGGAGGCCUUCAAGAGACACGAGCGCCAGGCGCAGCACCACUACCAGCAGCAGCAGCGGCGGCGGCGGGAGGAGGAGGAGCGCCAGCGCCAUGCAGAGCACCAUGCCCGGCGGGAGCGUGACGCUGGUGGCAGGGAGGAGGCACGGGCCGAGGGCUCCAGGCUGGACCCCGCUGCCCCUGAGAAGGCUUCAGCCAAGGCCAAGGGCGGCGGGCCAGGCGGCCACGGGCUGGAGCGGCCCAAGCGCCCAGGGUCCCUGCUGGCCCCCAACAAUGUCAUGAAGCUGAAGCAGAUCAUCCCACUGCAGGGCAAAUUUCUGUCAUCUGGUGCCACGUCCUCGCUGGCUGGCACAGGGACAGGCCCAGCUGCCCGGGCUCCCCCUGCCCAGUCACCCACAGGCAGUGACACCCGCCUGCCAGCCUUCCUCAGCUUCAAGUUCCUCAAGUCACCCGAGACCCGGCGGGACCCUGAGCGCAGCCAUUCGCCCCCCAAGGCCUUCCAUGCCGGCAAGCUCUUCCCCUUCGGCGGGGCCCGGGCUGAGGCCGGGGCCAACGGGGCAGGUGGGCAGGCCCGGCCAGACGGGACCCUCAGCGGUGGCGGAGGCCGGGCCCAGCGGAGUGGGCCAACAGACGAGGCCUCGGCUGAGGAGCCAGACACCCCCAGGCCUGAAGAGGAAGCCUCAGGGACGGAGCUGGCCCUGGUGGGCGCCCCUGCCCUCCGCACCCGCCGCAGCCGGAGCCCCGCGCCGCCGCCGCCGCCAACGUCGCUGCCCCGGCCCCUGACACCUCCCCCCGGUUGCUGGCAGUGGGACGGGCCGUGGGGCUGCGGGGGCGAGGGCGCCGCCGCCCGCCAGGCCCCCGCCCCCGCCCUCGCCGAGUGCCCGCCCUGCGCCCUGGCUGGGCCCCCGCCCGCCCCCCAGCCCCUGCCUGGGGACGCCAGCUUCUACAGCCUCCCUCCCCCACCACUGCCGCCCAACUCCGAGGCCCCCGAGCCUUCUGCGCCCUCGCCCAGCGCCAGCCCGAGCCCCCAGGCCGUGUGCUGGCCGAGCGGCUGGCACUAGCUCCGCCCGCCUCUGCCUUCCUGUUCUCAUAUGCAAUAUCAGCCCUGGACCGGCCCCGGCCUUCCCCCGCCCCCAUCUGCCGUUUUCCUUUCAACCAAGAUGGGGGAGACGAAAGGAAACCCCCCAAAACCCAACAGAAAACACACAGAAUAGGCGAUUAUUUAUUUGUUUUUAAUUUAUUUUGUCAUAUUUUUGUAAAACGGCAGAAAUGCAAUAAAAAGUAUAUUUCAACAGU